CAGCUAAAGAAACUGCAAGACAAGCGUCAGGAGCUGUCAAAUGCCUACGUCAGCCUUGAGAACAACUACCGGACCCUGGCCAAGCCUCGGGGACCUGAGACAGAAGAUAUCAUUGCCUCUGAACGGAACAGAAGAAAAUGGAAAAGAAACUGCUAGCCAGUCAAGAAUACAUUCGGGAAGAGAUGGAAAAGAUGAAGCUACUGCAGAAAACUCAUCAGGAGAAACUGGAGGAGAGAGUGGCAAUGCUGGGAAAAGAACUUCAGGAUGCCAAACAGGAGAUCCGUGACACACAGCACAAGAUCGAUGAACAGGCGAUGGCACUGUCCACUUCCCAGAAGCAGCUUCAAGAAGUAGAAAAGGAGAAUUCCAGACUGCAGCAACAGCUGAAGAUGAUGAAUGACGAGUAUCGCACCAGGCUUCUGCACUAUGUGAAGAAGAUGGCUUCUUACAUGGACAGUACUACCCAGAGCCACCAAGGGCCUCCCCAGACAGAAGCUGCCGAGCCAGGAGCAAUGAAGAAGCUGGUGGAUGGAAUGCUCAACGACAUGCAGGCCUCCCACCGAAGCCGAGAACACCAGCUGGCCACGGUUGCCCGGAGCUACAAGAAGAGGAUGGAGAGCCUGAUGCAGAGCCAUGAGGCCUGCUCACUGCCUUCAGGUGCAAUCUUCUAACACCUUCCCCCACUUCUGCCCAGAGCCCCCUCAGAGCCCACCCUCUCCCAGCUCUCUGUCCCUAAUGCCACUUACACAGGGCAAAGAGUACAAGAUCAAAAAUCUCGUGUUUCUUUUCUCUCAAGAAAGGAAAAUAUGGGCAAGUCCAUUUUAGUCCCUUUGUUGGAGGAGGGUUGAAGGGUGGGGAACUCUUUGAAAAUACAGCCUUCAAGAGGAGGAAAUUGUACAGAGAAUUCACUGAGAUAAACUGGAGUUGGAUAAACUACCAAAUCCAAACAGGGCCACCUCUCGAUCCUUCGGGGUUCUGUGGGCAACAAUCAAUGCAAUGGGUGACAGAGCAAGCCUG